UGAAGUCGUAUGAGUAACGGUAACAUGAUUCGAGGGACGAUUAUCGUAUUUACGCUUUUUUACGCGUCAUGUUGUUUCGCGCCCUGUCUUGCCUUCAAUUUCGAGGAUUGCGGCUCAACAUUAGGCAGUUUCUCGGAAGUAAUGAUCUCCGGAUGUAGUACGUCCGAUGAAAAAUGUAUUUUAGUGCGUGGUACUAAUGCAACUAUGUCUAUCGACUUUACACCUAACAAAGAUAUCUCACAACUCACAGCACGUGUUUAUGGUGUACUGACUAUGGUUCCCAUACCUUUUCCAUUAAGGCAGCCUGAUGUGUGCAAGGAUUCUAAUGCUGGGAUCAAGUGUCCUUUACACAAGGAUCAACUAUAUCAUUAUUCGACCAUGAUGUUUUUAGAGAAGUCUUUCCCUUCGUUGAAUGUCAAGAUAAAGUGGGAGUUUCUGAAUGAGAACAAUGAAAAAAUAGUGUGCCUGGAAUUUCCAGCCAAACUUAAAUGAUUUAAAAGAUAUAUUAAAAUAAAUGGAAAAUA